AUGGUGUAUGGCCAGAAUAUCCACAUUGCAGCGGACUUAAUUGAAGACAGGAGUCCUACCACAGGAGAAUUUGAUACAUCAGCUACGUCCAUAGUGCAGUUACGACAAGUGUCACAUCCGGGCACAAUUCCAGGCACUAGGCAUGGACAUCAACCAACUUUCAUGCACAAAGACUUGAGCAGUUGUGCCCACAUCAUGUUGAAAUCAGACAUCAUCAAACCACCAUUGCAACAACCGUAUUUGGGGCCUUACAAAGUUUUGUGCCAAAACAUGCAUACAAUGGAAAUCUCCUACAGUGGGAAAUCAACAGUGGUAUCAAUAGAAAGAGUCAAGCCAGCUUACAUGCCUGUUGACGGUAAUGAAGAACCUCACCCAGCAAACAAGCCAGCACCGAGGAUAUCGGAGGAAACAGUUUCUCUUGUGCCUCCACCGUCCAGUCAGCAGUCAUCGUCGGAGCAAGUACUGCACAGACACAAACAAGCAGGUCAGCUGGUACCCUCCAAGUACCCAUAUGUCCUGGUUGCCUCACACUUUCAGCAGGGAGGCUGUGUGGUGAACGACAGUGAUUUCGAGUGGUUGCGCUAA